CCGUGUUCUUCUCUCGUCGCCCUCUGAACUUCUUCUUCUAUCUACCCAUCGGCGACGGUUUCAUCAUUCUCGUCGGCAAAGCGAUUGCCGCCCCAACGGAAUGGCUUUUAAACACCAUUUUGUGCCCUUCGAUUUUCGUUUCCUGGUCUCAACAAAAACCCUAGAAAUUCGCCGCUGCCCUCUUCUUCUCCGGUUGCUCCACUUGCACCUCCGCCGCUUUACGCCCAAAAAAGUUACCGACGUCAUCUGAUCCCGGAAACAAUCAUGAAUGCCCCAUGUGAAGAUGUGGUAUCUCCACCGAAUGCUACUACCAAAGGUCAAAACGAUAGGAAGCGAAAAGGUCUUCAUGUGAAGUGCAUGACAUGUGAUGCUUUAUAUCCUGGUCACUUUAAGAGAAAUGAGAUUGAAAGGAUGAAAGCAUAUGGCAAGAACUACAGCCAUGGCUUUCGCAGUCGUUGUCAUUUUUCUUGCGGGGGAAAAGAAGUAAAUAGAGAGUAUUUGGAUUCCAAAAGUAAAUUUGUAGAAAAUAUUAGGAUACUUAUUGCAAAAAUGAUCAUAAUUGGUAAAUUGCCCCUCAACUUUGUGAAGAAUGAAGGGUUUAGGAGGUUUAUGCAGCAGAGCGUGCGUCCAUUUUGUCCUGAGUUUGUUAUUCCCUCUUUGGCCACAGUUACUAGGGAUAUAUUGGAAAUAUACAAAAGGGAGAAGGCAUUAAUGAGAACCAUGAUUGUAGAUCAGAAUAGUACGGUUUCUCUCACGGUGAAUACUUGGACGUCGGAUCAAGACAUGAACUACAUUGUUCUUACUGGACAUUUCAUCAAUCUUGGUUGGAAAAUACAGAGGAGAAUUCUUAAUUUUCGUCAAAUUGAGAAUCUCAGAGGAGAGACUAUAGGAAGAGAAGUUGAAAAAUGUUUGAAACAAUGGAGUAUUAAAAAUAUAUUGACAUUGACGGUAGACAAUGCUCCUUCAAAUGACACCGCUAUUUCUUAUUUAGUUGACCGUUUCAAGAAUGGGUUGGUUUUGGAUGGUAAUUUUGUGAAUGUUAGAUGUUGUGCACAUAUUUUGAAAUUGAUUGUAUGUGAUGUGAUGGAAGAUUUUCAUGAGUUGAUAUCUAAGGUUCGAAAUGCUGUUAGAUUUGUGAGGUCUUCUCCUACACGAUAUAGAAGCUUUGAAAAGUGUAUCGAAGAGGAGAACUUAUCCAACAACUUUGUGUGCCUUGAUGUUCCAACUCAAUGGGACAAUACCUACGUAAUGUUGGAGAGUGCUGAAAAGUUUGAAAAAGCAUUUGAGAGACUAGGGAUCCAUGACACAACCUUUUUGAACGAGGAUAUUCCCGCUAGUGGAGAUUGGGAAGUUAUUAGAACACUUGUUCAAUUCAUAUCAUUAUUUUAUAAAGCGAGUUUAAGACUUUCUGGUUCUGUUCAUGUCCUUUCAAAUACGGUCUUUCAUGAGAUUAUCACCAUCCAAAAUUAUAUCAAAAAGCAUUCUUCCAAUAGUGAUAAUCUUGUUCUCAAUGACAUUGCAAUGAAAAUACAGGCUAAGUAUGAUAAGUACUGGGGGAACGAUGAAAAUGCAAAUUACCUUUUAUAUAUUGCCGUGGUUUUGGACCCUCGUUACAAGAUGAAAUUUCUGUUAUAUUGCUUUAGUGAAUUGUUUGGGGCCAAUGUGGCAAAAGAGAUGUGCAAGAAGGUUGAAGAUAUUUUGAGGCAAUUAUUUAGUGAAUAUAGAUUGUUAAUUCGUGACUAUCACGACUCACCUACAUCAAGCAUGGACGGUUAUUUCAAUACUAGAACAUGUACUACUGACGAUGAGGAUAUUUUUGAUGAUGAGGCUUACCAUUUGAAGGAUAUGUUUGAAAAAGUGAAGGAAGAAGAUAAAAAUGUUGAUGCAGCCACAGAGGUGGACCUCUACUUGUUGGAGCCUCUUGUGGAUAAAUUCAAGGAAUUUGACCUAUUAAAAUAUUGGUGGCGUAAUUGUCAUAGAUUCAGGGUUCUCAGUGAAAUUACUCGAGAAAUAUUAGCAAUCCCAGUAUCCACUAUUGCUUCGGAAUCUGCAUUUAAAAUCGGUGGGAGAAUGAUUGAUUCUACGUGCUUAACAUUGGCUCCAAAUUUAGUUGAGGUUCUCGCAUGCUUGCAAAAUUGGCUUAACACGGAUAAUGUGGGUAUUGAUCUUCGAGAACACAUAAAGGACAUUAUUGGCAUGGAAGAAGGUAAGGGAAUCUUAGAUUGUCUCCACGUCUUCUAAUGUGUUAUUGUUUGUUAAUGUUAUUUGUAUUUUCUUUUAUGUUUUUGAUUUUGAAACAAGCUUAAAGGAAGCAUCAAUCAUGGGAGAGAGGACGAUAAUGCUUGGUGAAAAGAAGGAAUAAGAUGUUCUAAAUACGAACUCUUUAGAAUUUCUCAUCCAAUUGAUCUUUAUGGUAUUAUGUUGAACAAACCAUUUCAGGAUUUUACCUUGAAAAUUGUUAAACUGUGUCGUUAAGUUUUUGUUGCAAUGAAGAUUUUUGUUUGCUCAAGAUGUUCUCUCCAGGUCAUGUAAACAGUUUGAAGGAGGAGAACGCUUACACGGGACGGUUUCAAGGUACCCUUUUAAGUUUUAUAUUUGCAUACUUCUAACCCAAAGUUAUAUGGUCGUUGAACAAACAUGAAUGGUGAUGAUAAUUUUGCUAUGUAUUUUGGAAUGGAUUCUGGCUA